UAUAUCUUCCUUCUCCAUUUCUGCUUCAAAGAUCUCAAAGUUCUCAUUCAAACUAUUGGUUAUGGCACCAAACCAGGCAAACACAAUUCAUCAACAAGCCCUGCCAACUUCAGAGUCUGCUUUUCCCAUAUUAACCAUUGCUGUGCUGUGCAUCAUGGCCACGGCUUUCUUACUAGUCAGCUACUACAUCUUUGUGACCAAGUGCUGCUCAAAUUGGCAUCAAGACAAUCUGCGGAGGUGGUUUUCUGUACUGCAAGCCCGUCGAAACGAAGAUCCCUUUAUAGCUUUCUCCCCCACAAUGUGGAACCACGGGCUUGAUGAAUCAGUAAUUCGUGAGAUCCCAACUUUUCAAUUCAAAAGGGAAGGUGAUCAGGCGAGAGGUGUCUGCUGUGUGGUUUGCUUGAAUGAGUUUCAAGAACAGGAUAUGCUUAGAGUUCUUCCCAAAUGCAGCCAUGCUUUCCACUUGGAUUGCAUUGACAUAUGGCUUCAGAGCAACGCAAAUUGUCCUCUUUGCAGAUCAAGCAUUUCAGGGACGAGCCGGAAUCGGAUUGAUCCAAUCGUCGCACCAAGCUCUUCACCACAAGACUCUCAGCUCUUGUCUAGAAGCCUCAUGGGUAGUGAUGAAGACUUUGUGGUAAUUGAACUGGGUGGAGAAGAUGAAAUCACGUUACCACAAAGGCAACAAGAAAGAAAUUAUUCAGUACCAGAAGUUCCAGUACUGCUGCCUAGAAGUCAUUCACCAAGAAAGUUGGAAAAGAAGCCUGGGAACUUAAAAGCAAGAAAGUUCCACCAUGUUUCUAUCAUGGGUGAUGAGUGCAUUGAUGUAAGAAAGAAAGAUGAUCAGUUUUGUAUCCAGCCUAUCAGGAGAUCUUUCUCAAUGGAUUCUGCAGCUGAUCGACAGCUUUACUUAACCGUUCAAGCGAUCAUUCAACAAAAUAGGCAUCAGGGCGAGGUUAGUACAAGUGAAGAUUGUGAUAGCAGAGGUCGAAGAUCGUUCUUUCCGUUUAGACAUUGCAGAGGAUCCAGAAAUGCAGUUCUUCCCACUGAGUGUGAAUUGUAAUGUGAGAGACUGAGAGCAUCAAUUUUUUUUUUUUUUUUUUGGUCUUUUUUGAGUUUCAUUUUUUGCUUUGGAGUGGAGAUGCUGCAAUUUUUUAACAGGUUAUUGAAUAGUUACAUAAGGAUAACAGAUGGGUGUAGAGAGAUUCAUACAAAACUAGAAAAAUUAGUCAGAUCAGGAUGGCUGAAAUGUAGGCAUGAGCUAAAGAAUGAUUGCUUUAGCCACUAAAAGUUGAUAAGAUUGUCUUUGUUUCUUGAUCCUUCA